CUGGAUUUCUGAAGAGUAUACAAAUUAUGCUCAGGGUUCGGGAGGGGGGGCUGGCUACAGCCGGCCCCCCCUGCGGCAGUUUCGCUUAUUUGAAUGUUGCAACUAGUGGGAGAUCAAGAACAAAACCUCUUGGAAACCCAAAGCGCAACUACGUCCGAGAUGCCAACACGAUCACAGCGAGAUUGUGUCUGCUUCUUCUCCUGGGAUUUGUGCGAUGUGUACUAAGUCUAUGUGAACAGCCGCAGUCAACCAUAAUGUUGCAUUUCCCCUAUGUGGUUUGGUUGUCGAAAAUUGUGUCCCAGUUCCUGCCCUGGCUGGUGACCAGGUUUUACAUGGGAAGCUAUGGGCACAAGAACCUCAAGCCAACCGUGACGUUUGGAAACUGUCCUUGGGCCUACCGCUUGAAGAAAAAGUUGACUCAAAGGGUAAGGCAGCGGGCGAAGAGAUCUGCCGCACUAGUGAAAAGGUACAUUGAUGCCAACGGGCGCAGAAGGGUGUGUGGAAAUUCAAAAGCUCUGAAAAGAUCACAAGUGUAUCCCAAGAACUAUGGCAAAGCUAUUUGUGCUUUGCACCAAAAAUGGAAGGAGACUCCGGGAAACAUCCAGGUGCUUCGAGAAGCGUUGUAUCCACCUCAAGCUGGCUUGGCAACCGACAAUCUGAGAGGGUUGACCCACCUUAGUACCUCCUACACCAUGUUGGGUGGUGAUUUGGAUGCCAUUCUUGAACGUGCAGCCAAAAGGGCUGCUCGUGCUGCGGUGAUGGACACAGUGAACAUGGAUGACACCACGAUGGAAGGCUCUGCCUGUGACAGGAAGCCACAGAAGUCGGCCGACGAUCCCAAAGUCAAAGGGAAAACAAAGAAAAUGCAGGUUCCACCAGAAGCAGACUCUGAUGCCUCUACAGUGCCGGGCACAGAAGAGGAGAUAGCAAAGCUAAAGGUUCAAUCAAAGGACCUGCAGACCCCUUCACCGAAGAUCAGAGCUGAACCCAGCGCCAACUUGGACCAACCUUCUGGUCCUAAACUGGACCGACGUAUCCAAAGCAAGCAAAUCCUUGAGACAAAGCCUGAUGAGAAGCCCAAAGACAGUCAGGCAUCCGGCAGACACAUUACCACAGCAGUGAAAGCCAAAGCUGCUCCUCCCGCAGAGUUGGCUACACCUGUCAAAACUGAAGAUGUGAAAGCUGAGCAUGUGAAGUCUGAACCAGAGACACCGCAGACAAGUCAAACAGCCAGAGCUGUUCAGGAAUGUUUGCGAAGACCUUCAACGGCAGACUUAGGAUCCCCACCCCCAGAGCUCAAGAAUGCACCCUCACCUCACGUGUUUCAACUCCAGAAGAUCUUACCACGUGUCCCAACAUUGGCACCCUCACCUCCAGCUGUUCCAGCCCAGUCUGUGCCAGGAGCUGCCAACACAGGAGCCCUUCCAGGGGACGGAGCCAAUCCUAUGCCCACAGCAGAACCAUCAGCCAGCGUCCCAGCAGAUGCAACAACAGAACCCUCAGCCAGCGUCCCGGCAGAUGAAUCCUUGGAAGAUCCUGCAGAGCUGGCCAGAAAGGAAGAACAAGUGAGAAUCAAAAAACAAGCCCAUGCACGAUACAUGCGCUUUUCCAGGAGCCUCUCAAGCCCAAACACACCUGUGGAAAUUCAACGUGCUGGUCGAAGUGCACACAGAGACAGUGCAAAGCUUCAGAUUCUCAUGGAGCAGUGGGCUUCAUGUGAGGGUGCUUGGAGGCACUCAGAAUUCUUUCUGCAGAUCAGGCAGAAGAACAGGCACCGCCAGUUUGGAUCACGUCGGUGGAUGACAAAGAGUGAACUCGUUGCAAAGUAUGGGUCAGUCGCAAUUGCCACUCAAAUCAUAGAAGCAAAGGAGCAUGACGCCGAUGCGUCAGUGAACCAGAUUCGUGCGCAUCGAGAUAUGCAUGGGGUGAUGACAGAGGACACAAAGCAGUACUUGGUUUGGGACAAGGAAGGAGAAGAGGACACAAGUGACACUGUCUGCCAUCAGCUUUUCCAAGCGGCAGAUUGCGAUGAUGAGCAUGAUGGUGACAACAAAGGUGCUGGUCAGAAGAGUUUGAAGAAUGGCAAGUCCAGGAAAGACACGAAGAAGAAGAAGAAGGCAGUAAAGAAAGGAAAGAAGGUUUCAAAGAAGAAGAGUAGAAAUGUGUCCUCUUCUUCAGGUGUUUCUUCCAUGUCGUCAUCGCCAUCUCGCAGUUCGUCGUCAUCGUCAGGGUCAACGUCUUCCGAGGAAUCUCAGGGUCCCAAGGAGGUUCGUAAGCGAAAGUCGAAGUCCAAGGAUGGUUGCGAUCAGAAGAGAAGGAAAAUGGAGGAUGAAUCGAAGAAGAACGAGGCAGCUGAGAAAAAGAAACAGGCAGCUGAACAGAAAAAACUUGAAAAGGCCCAGGAGAGAAAGGAAGCACAGGAGAAGCAGAAAGCCGAAAAGAAACAUGAAAAAGAAAAGAAUGAUAACUUGAAGAAAGAACAGCGAAAGAGCAACCAGGUGAUUGCCAAGAUCGGAGCCUGCAUCUUGAGGGGCAGCAAUGUCGAAAGCAAGCUUGCCACAAUGAGUGGGACAGUGAAGCAGGCGAUCCUGACUGAAGUCCGGCCUCACAUGAAUAAUUUGAGGGAACGACGAGCGGCUCUCCAGAAAGCGAUUGAACAUUCCAAGGUGGAUGAUCUCGGCACAAUGUCUGCCGAAACGGCCCAAGCGAACUGUGCCAUUGAUGAGUUCAAUGGCUUUUGCAGCUGUAGCGAUGACCGAUUGCCUCACAGCUUGCAUGGUCAUUUUGACGAUGUUUCAGCAGGGGAAGCUUGGCUAGAUUCAGAACGCAUGCAACUUCUGUGGGCGCAGCAAUGCAGCGAGUGCGAAAUCAGGUUGCUGAGCCUUCGCAGCACUGCUGAAAUGGACACCAUAAAGAUUCCAGUGGUGGACAAGAAGAGCCCAACGGGUUUGAGUGUGGAGAAAUAUCCUAUUCUUCAUCCCCACCGAGUUCUAUCCUAUUUGUUUGAUGUCGUGAAGAUUGAGAUAGACAUGGUGAAACUGCACAACUUUUGGGACCAUGCGAGAUCAGUGGGGGAACCGUGGGCUGUUUCGAGCCCUGCCACACGUGAGCACAUCCCCCUAGGUGUGCAUGGAGACUCUGCUCGGUUGUGGACGGUGUACCAGGUAGAAAAACAAAUGUCCAUCAGCCUCAAUCUCCCUUUGUUCCGACCACGGUCAACACGUUUUAGUCGGUUUGUUGUCUUCACAUGCCCCUCCAACAAGCUCUACAAGAAUAGAACCCUGAAUGCAGUAUGGAGGCGGCUGGUGUGGAGCAUCAAUGCUUGCUUCGACGGGCUAAACCCUACAGUGGGUGUUGGUGGGGUUGCUUUGACAGGUCCCGACGCCCUCCGAGCAGGGACCCCAAUGACUGCCAAAGGCCUGAAGUUUUGUUUGACAGAAAUUCGAGGAGACUGGGAGUUCCACCGUGAUUGUUGGAGACCCACAGCAGCAUGGAAUGCCACAAAUGUAUGUAUACAUUGUCCGGCUUUGGCCAGUGGGCCUGAUCCCUACCUCUACUACAAUACCCCGGAAGACAACUCUGCUUGGGACAAAGAAGAAUUUGGGCUGGAUGAGUUUGUUGCCAAACGGCUAAAGGAUUCACACUUGUGCCCACUUCUCAGAGCAAAAGGGUUUCAUCCACAGCUUCUAAAGUGGUGUUCGAUGCACACUAUCAACCUGGGUAUUUUAUACACAUGCAAUGCAGCGUCAGUGAUCCUUUUGUGUGAAGACCUUGGCUACUUUGGUGGGGGAACUUUUGAGCAGCAACUGGAUAGAGCGUACAAAGAUUUUUUGGCGUAUUGCAUACGUCACAAGAUCCAGCAUUCACAACCACCAUUCUUGCCCAAGAUGGUGAAGAAACCGGAUGGCAACAACCUGUUCACAGCAAAAGCGUACAAUGGCCGUUGCAUCUUGAGCUGGCUAGCAGAUUGCCUGUUAACUGCCUUGGGUUACUACCCAAACCAUGAGAUCCUGAUCCUUACCAGUGGUGCGAUGACUCUUCAACUAAAGUUAUCUGGGAUUGGUGGAGCCAUGGUUGUGGCCGAUCAGUUACACUCUGGUAAUUUAACGUAG